AUGCAAAACCAAAAUGGGACUGCAAUGGAAGAUCUGGAGCGCCGGGAUGCUAUCCCUGUACUGUACACGCGCGGCACACACUACACGGUCGGGUUUGAUGUGGGUCGUACGUUUGCCAACAUCAUUCAUAGUUUUCUCGAAAAGUCGGAAACUCUCAACGAAACGUAUAUUCCCAUAUUCAACACCGAAAAAGGGCGUAAAAUCUACGUAGACACGUACGAAAACGUGAACAGAUCGUUUCCUCAGUACAUCCGCGAGCUGCAGGGCGUCGCGGACGGUGCGAAGGUGGACUUUUACAAGCUGUUUCUAUUACACAUAGACGAUGUUAUCGUCGGUGGACAGGAUGGCAAUAAUCAACCGAUCGGUUGCUCCACUAUCUGUGUCAACGAACCGGACUGUGUUGUACUGGGACACACGGAAGAUGCGCUGUCCGAGGUGCUGAAUCAUUUCUACUUCGUGUCGGCCCACAUCAUCUCGGACACGCCGGAAGGCAAACACAAGGUGGUGGAGGAACGGUUUACUUCGCUUUGUUACGCCGGGCAUCUGCCCGGUUACACGAUGAACGCGAACCAUCAUGGGCUGGUGUUCUCGAUCAACACGCUCAGCGCCAAGACGCUGGUUGGCGGUAAAACGCCACGUCACUUCAUCACGCGUGCCCUGCUAGCGGCGGAGAACUUCGUACAGGCGCAGCAAAUUCUACGCGAUCAUGGUGUUGGCGCGGCGGACGGAUGCUCGAUCAACAUGACGUUCCUAAGACAGGAGGGUGACAGGUUGUUUCACAACGCGGAAAUGGGACCCGCCACGAACGGGAACGAAUCGCAGCUGAACAUUCUGACGGCGAGCCCCGGUGAACACAUCAUCCACGUGAACAGCUACCAGCGCCUGCAGGUACCGGAGGUAACCGGGCUCAUCAUCGAGUCGAGCGUGGAGCGGAUGAAAACGUUCGCAAAGUACCAGCCGCCCAAAACGGUGGAUGACGUUAUACGGAUGCUGAGCGACACGACCGCCAAGGAGCAUAAGGUGUUCCGGGACUACGGUAAAAACCAGAAGGUGAAGACGAUCUGCGUCGGUAUCAUCGACUGCAUCAAGCGCACCUGGACGCUGUACGCGGAAAAUCCGGCCUAUGUGCCACCGCUGGUCGUGCUACCGUUGAUGCUGAAGGACUAG